GAAAGAGGAAGGCGGCUACUCGUAGCCGCGCGAGACUUCGCCAUGGCGAAGGUCUUUCGCAUAUGCUAGUUCUGAGCAGCAGGCGCUUCGGAGUUGGCUGCUGGCUUUCCCAGUGCUUGCCGUGGAUAUGACGGUGAAGGAUCUCUUGCGACUAGCGGAGACCGUAGGCUUGCAGAACCCAUCGGACGACUUACUCCGGGGCGUGCCAUGGCCAGUGGCGUGGCCCCUCACGGCUCGAGACCUGCAGAGGAUGGAUGAGACGGAUGAUGCGGUUUUCUACUCGUCCGCGCGGCUGGUGAAGCACAUUGACGACUCAGCCAUUCGCUCCAUCAAGGAUUACUACCAGGUGCAGUUUCAGCCUAGCUCGGCUGUGCUGGAUAUUUGCUCCUCCUGGGUGUCUCAUUUUCCAGAGAUGCAUUUGGCGCGGGCUGUGGGUCUCGGCAUGAACGCAGAGGAGCUUGCGCAAAAUCAACAGCUCACGGAGUUUGUGGUGAAGGAUUUGAACAAGGAUCCUUCUCUUCCCUUUCAUGACAACGACUUUGACACGGUUGUGAAUGUGGUAAGCGUGGACUACCUGGCGCACCCCCUCGAAGUUUUUCGAGACAUCUUCAGAGUUCUGAAACCUGGCGGGAUGGCGCGAUAAAGCUUUGGCUGGUCAGCGACGAAGUGCGGCAGCGCAAUGCACUGUGACACAUGUGACAUAGUCUCUCAAGCUCUUUGCGUUGCCCUUGAGGAGAUCGGAGAGAUUCAACGUUGCCAGGUGGUUUCCUGGUACUUCAAGUUCGCUGGCUUUGGGGACAUCACGGCAAAGGACCUGACUUCCUCCCUCGGUCACGACCCCGUCUACGUUGUGCAGGGCGUCAAGCCUGUCAAGCCUCAGGAAGAGCUGUGACCGGACCAGCCACAAUGCCCUGGC